AUGAUUGAUUAUGACAAUCUAAUCGAUCAGAUUAGAGAUCCACUGACUUCUAUAUUGGUGGAUUGUAGAGGUAUUGGCAACUUGAUUGCUCAAGAGGAAUCAUUCCAACCAGAGUUUGAAAAGGUGUUGCGUGACACCAACGUCCUCUUUGACACCUUCAACAACUUCCUUCAAACACAUGUUAAUCCCGACGGUUCAGUUCGUCUAACUCAACAUCAAUAUCAAUAUCAUCAACAACAAUAUGGUCAACAACAAAGUCAACAACAACAGCAACAGACCAAACAGAAACAUCUAUUCUUCCAAGCAUUGAUAUCAAGUUGUAUAACAUUUAGGACUGCUCUUGGUACUUUGCUCAAGACUGUAAGGUCGGUCAUUGGUCUGAAUGUCAAGUCCGGUGGAAACAGAUCACUCUACGCACUGCUUCGUUACAAGUUGCAAGAGAACUUGAUGGCAAUGAUCGAUGCCACACGCACCCUAAUGCGUUCAUGCAAGGUCCAACAGCAACAAGACUCAACGAUGAUGCCCGCCAACACGACUAUCGAUAUCGAAUUGAUCACAAGCACUUCAUCGGGAUUCUUGAUGCAGAUGAAGGCUUUGACCGAGGCUACAACCGAUGGAUCAUUGUCAAACUAUGACUUUGACCUUAUGUCCAAUCAGUAUUCACACUCUGCUGAUGGUGUAACAUCGUUGAUGCGUGAGUGUCGUGUCGAGGCCAUCUCUGGAGACAUUGCCAUCAUAGAACAGUGCAUCGCCGAGAUCAAACAGCACGCAUCCUUCAUACGUCUGUCCAGCUUUACCAGUCCCGAGCAUGGAGGCUUCGCACUGGACACCAAUGCCUUGCUUCGUACCAACGUCGAUCUGGAGCAGUGUAUAUACAAGCUGGUCGGCUCAAUCAAGCAGGCCAUUGCAGUGAUCAAUCAGAAUCCAAUUAUGGGUGGAGCCUCCGAGCAACCCCUCGUCACAUACGUGCCAACAGUCGACUUGGAUGAGGAUGAGUUGCAUCACGCCUCGUCAAUGUUGGACGUGAGCAGCAGCAGCAGCGAUGAAGAAGAGGAUGCACUUGAGGAGGAUGAUGUGGUGGAGCAGGAGGACCAUGUCGAGCAAGAGAGCGAGGAUGUCAUUGCCGUGCAGCCAUUCGUUCGAUCACCGAGCAUGGUUGAGAUUGGAAGUAUGAAGUCUAGACAUCAUCACGGUCCAGGUGUGCCGGCGAUAUCCCAGCCCCAACACGUGGCGCCUGCAGUCACAGCCACACCAGCCCCAAUUGUCCAAGAUGUGCCACAACCAAGACAUCUUGGUUGUGACUUGCCUAGGAUCGUUCUCACAGAGGACUCUGACGAUGAGGACGCGCCAAUGAUCUGGAGUAUCCCAAUCGCUGCAGUGUCACCAGAUCCAUUCAAGGUGUCUGAACAUCAACAGCAACAAUUAUCAUCAUCGCCAUCCCUUGGUGCACCUGUAGCGGCCGAGUCUGGCCGCUCCCACUCACUCUCAUCAAACACAUCUUCCUCAUCAGCAUCAGCUUCAUCAACUGCUCCAACAAAGGUAUAUAACAGCAAGGACUACGAUAUCAAGGUAUUGCAGCAACAACAGCAACAGCAAGUACCAGUGAAGGGAAAGAAGGGUGCUGUUGCUCCACCAGCUGCUCCAGCAGUUGCAGGAGGCACGGGUCAAUUGGGCACAGGCACAGGCACAGGCAGCUCCAAGUCUGGCGGCUGGACAAUCAAGAACCCAUUCAAACGUGGAGGAAAGACACGCGAGACUAUCCUGCCAGAGACUGGCAAGGUGUUUGGCGAAGCCAACACAAAGGACACUACUGUUGUUGCACCUCCAGCAUCAGGCGCCGAGCAGAAGAAGGCACAGCCAACAGGCACUGUGUCCGCUGUACCACAGCUCAGCAAUCCAGCGUCGACAUCAUCCUCGCCAAGUCUGGCGUCGUCCAAGUGGGUAUCCCCAAUGCCUCCAUCACGUUCAAUGCUGAAUCUACUCUACACACAGGAUGAGUCGGCUGCUGAGGACGACAUUCCAGACAUUGUUGGCGAUGGCUUUGAAGAUGACCUGCUCUCUGAGAACUUUAACCACGACUACUUUGAUACACCUGUUGGCCUCAGAGGAUCCACACAGGAUCCAAGCGUCCAACUCUUUGAACCAGCCAAGGACUUCACCAUCGAAGAGAUUGGCACCAAGUCCAAGCGAUACAGUGAUACACCCUUCAUUGGAUUGGAUCACAACGAGCGACAUAUUGCUCACUACAAGCAAUACUUCUAUCAAAAAGAACACUUUAACUUUGUGUGUAAGAUACCAGAGUUGGGAGGACAGGUUAUCAUCUCGGCGUUGAAGCAACCAGAGACGACACACAAGAAGCAUCGUGUGUUGAUUAGGACAAAGAAUGGUGUCGAGAAGAUAUUGGUCUACAGCAAGAACACAAGAGAGAGCAGUCUGAUCAAGUCCCUCCAAAUCUAUCUCUCGCCAAUCGUCAAUCUCUCCUCAUCAGUAUUCAAAUCAAUCAAGACCGAUAAGAUUGAUUCACAUCUUGCAGAGUUUGAGACCUUUGAUUUGACCAACAAGUACCAUUUCUUUGUGUUCUUCUGUGGAGAUGGACAGAGCACUGAGAGGGAGAUGUUGAACAAUGAGAGAGCAAGCCGUGAGUUUGCCGAGUUCUACACAUUCCUCGGCAAGAGAUUCCAAACGAAGAAUUGGAAGAGAUAUAGUGGUGGAUUGGACACCACUGACAACCAGGAUGGAGAGGUAGCUGUCUACGCCCAGCUACAGGGUAUCCAAAUAGUGUUCCAUGUUUCAAGCUUGAUUCCAUCUCAACGACGUAUGAGAUUGUUGUCCAACAACACCUGUGUCCUUAUCUUCCACGAGGGCAAGACCAAGAUCAAUCCCUCUACAUUCACAUCACCAAAGAACAAAAUAUUGUUCGAGGUAAAGAAGGUCAAGGUGGAUGAUGGAUCAAGUAUCCAUUACAAGUUUGGAGUGUCAUCCAACAGUUUGAUCGAACCAUUUGGUCCAAUGAUCACAGAUCCACCCAUUUACCGUCAGGACAACACAUUUAGAAAUCUGUUGUUAACCAAAUUGAUCAAUGCAGAGAACUCUGCAUAUUCCACCCAACAACUAACUCAAGACAUUGUUAAGCAUAGACAACAGAAGUUAGAUGAUAUUAUUGCAUGGGUAAAGUCAUAA